AAAAUAUCUAUUUUUAUGCCUACAUUAAACACACACACUGUAGAGGGUUAUCCUUAUUUAAAGAAGCCAACUUUGCUUGGUGAUUUUUCUUUCUAUGUCAAGCGUCAACUUGUCUGGCCAGAUGUCUUACGCUGGAAAGGAUCAGUCUUUCUGCCAACAUUGCCUGGUAUCGCUAUUACAACCAUGUUUUCAUGUCUGGUCUGUCUUUUUAAUAUCACAUUCGCUGUUACCAUUAGUGUUCCUGUCUCAGUUUUAGGAACCGUUUCUGUCGCCUUGGGUUUACUACUCGCAUUUCGUGUCAACACUGCUUAUGAUCGGUACUGGGAGGGUCGUAAACUGGUUCAGACGGUCAUGGGUACCAUCCGAAAUGUGGCUCGACAGGUGUGGAUCAAUAUUCCAGAAGAGAGCGAUGAGGAUCAUUUAGCAAAAAUGCGGUGUAUUAAACUUUUAUUAGCCUUUUUUGUUGCAACAAAGCAUCAUCUUCGUCAGGAAUAUGGAACCGAUUAUCAUGAUUUAAAGGAGCUAUUACCGCCUCAUUGGGAACCAGCCAGUGUAGCAAAAUUGAAACGAGCAGGUGGUGGUAAACGAAAGAGUUAUGGAGGUAUUACAUCAAACACAUCGCACAAGGACAUUCUACUGGGCGGAGAGGAUACGUCAUUACGUCGUCGUCGCAUCUCUGUCAACGUGCUGUCAAGAGAUCCAGCAAUAUCUGUCAACUCAAAAAAUUCAGUCAAGCCUGCCACUCAUGGUGAAUACAUGGAUUCGGAUGAGCCUACGGAUAUUGCAAACAUCCGACGCUCUUUAAUACAACAGGAAUUUCCCAACUCAAACCUUUGCCAUUUAACCGCUGCACAACUCCAAAGAUCUCUUACGGGUGCAGAUGCUUCACCUAGUCUAUCGGAUGAAGAGGAGCAGCGCGAGGACGUCCAUCUGUUGGAUGAAACUGUUCAAUCACCAUCUGAAGUUGCCGGAACUGACGCGCCCACUUGUUCCUCUGCCCCUAACGGCAGGGGUAAAUCGUACUUUGAAGACGAGACAAACCUUAUUAACCGAUUUAAGCAACAGCAUCAUCGAGGCAUCAAGAGACACUUGGAUCAUUCCAAGUUUACAAGUCCAGAGGAUUUGCCUUACCAAGGGGACUCUGAUCUCUCCUUGCCUCUGGAGAUCCUAUUCCGUAUCGCCUUGUUCAUCAAUCAGGCCAAAGCUGAAAAAAGAAUUGAUUCAUCCUUUGUUUCUGUUACAGUAAAUUCACUUGAUAUCUUGGCUAAUUCCUUGACUGCAUUUGAAAGAAUUGUGCAUACACCUAUUCCCAAAGCAUACAAUAUCCAUCUAAAACAAGCAGUCAUGUUGUAUAUCUUCUUUUUGCCCUUUGCCUUGGUAGAGUCUCUCGGCUGGCUUGUUGCUCCUAUUGUUGCCCUGGUUUCUUUUACUCUCUUUGGUAUUGAAGCAAUUGGUGCAGAAAUCGAGAAUCCUUUUGGAUAUGAUGACAAUGAUUUGCCAUUGAAUAGAUACUGUGAUGAGUUAAAGAGAGAAGUUGAAUAUAUCAUUUACCAUAUUCCCUCCAAAUCAACCAGCAUUCUCCUUAGCGGACACUAAAUAUUCCCUUACAAAGUAACCGUGGCCCAAGUGUGGAUUAGAUAAACUUUAAAGAUAAAAAUAAAUAAUCAGAUGACACACGGAUCAAUGUUCCGCUGUACUCUGUAUCAGUGAUGUCA